AUGAUUAAAUAGUCAAUGAAUUUUUCAUUAAAAAAAAGAAGAACUUAAUCAUCGGAACCUGUAUUUAAUGAGGAUGUGUUUGGAGAAUUAAAAAAUGAAAAGGAUUUUGAUAUGAGAUUACAAUAAUUAAAUGAGAUUUAACAAAUACAUUAGAUGACUUAAAGUUCUGGAAUAUCCAUAUCAUCAGCUAGAAGCAAAUCUGGUAAACAUUAGAUGGUGGAGAGUUAUGCUUAUUUAAUUUAAGAGAUGGUUCAUAAUAAAGAAUUACAAUAAUUCUGUCAUUAAUUUGGAUUUUCAAUAUAGGAAUUGGAAUAAUAUAAUUCAAUUGAAGAGAGAUAGAAUUUUGUAAUAAGAGCUAUGUGUAAACAUAUAAAAGAAUAGAUGCAGAGUAUAAUUAUAAUUAAAUAGGUUUUAUGACUAAGGUUGAAUUAAGAAUUCAUUAAUAUAGAGUAGAUGAAUGGAAUGAAUUACAAAAGAUGAAUAAAUAGAACAUUAAUAUAUUUGAAUGGUUGAAUGUGAAAUCUAAAUAUCAACAUUUAAGAAAGAAAUUACAAUAUGCUUUAAUUGAUAGUAUAACUGCUACUUAAGUGAAAUAAUAAUAGGAGAAAAGAAAUAGAACAUAUAGUUAAUCUAAUGUAUCAUAGAUCAGUAGGGUUAGUACUUCAUGUGCUACAACAAGUAGAAGAAGAUAAUCAUCUAUUUAAGAAUAAAUAACUGUGAAUCCUAAAAUUUAAUUGGUGACUGAAUAAAAGGAUUUUAAGGCAUAAUGGAAUGAAGAUUUAGAGAAAUAAUAUAGAUUGAAAGGUAAAUCUCAUAAGGUUUUGGGAUUAUAUCCAGUUAUUUAGAAGGCUAUUUUAGAUAAUGUUGGAUAGAGUGUUUGGAAUCAAUAAAGAGAUAGAUUAUUAACAAAAUAUACUGAAGGUGGAUGUUUAACAGAAGAGGAAGUAAAAUUUAUAGCUACAACAUCCUAAUUAUUGAAUAGUUGUUCAGAUAAAGAAUUUCUAUAGAAGACCAUUACACAUUUAGAUAAAAAUAUAAUAGAUGAAAUUGAAUUUAAUAUAGCUGAAUGUAUAUUGACAACUUAUACAAAUAUAUCCAAUAAUGUUAAAUCUAUUAGAUAGGUUUGGCUUAAGAAAAUGGGUGCUACUAUUGAAUAAUAAGUUAAGGAUACUCAUUAUAGUGUUUUGAGAAAGAUGUAAUUACAAAAGAGUUAAAAAGAACUUGAAAAAGUUAAAGUGAAAAUGGUAACUGUAUUUAAAGAUUUGUAAAGAAAGCAUUUAUUAAAAUUAUAAAAAGAAUUAGAUAAAGAUCAUUAUAUUUAAUAAUAAAAGGGUGUGAAUAAAAUUAUUUUGAAAUUCAAAGAUAAAUUAAUGAGAAGAGUAAAAAAAUAUAGAAAUGAAAAGAAUAAUGGGAUAGCAAAUGAUUUUAUUACUAGAAAUAUACCAAAGUAAGGAUCUCUAUUAUUUAAAAUUAAUAAAGAAAUGAAAUCUACUGAAUUUGUUUAACGUUUAUUUCAUCCACCAUCAAAAUUAAUUGUUAAGAAUCCUGGAUCUUAAACUGAUAGAGCUAUUAAAGAGGAAUAAAAAUAUAAAGUUAGAUCCUCCAGUACUAAAAAAUAAUCUGAUUAUAAGAGAUAUCUAAGUGGAGGUCCAUAAACAGAGAGAUAAUUUGUUUCAAAAGUUUUAGCUGAUUAAAAUUAAUAAAAAAUUAGUGGACAUAAGAAUCCUCAUGAAUGGAUUACAAGUGAAAUAGAAGUAACUGCAAUAAAUAAAAUUAAAGCAGCAAUUAGAGCUUAUCUUUAAAGAAAGAAGUAUUAAAAAUAAAAAUAAUUAAAAUAAGAGUAAGAAGAAUUAAAAAAGAAUUUAUUAGCAUCUUUGUUUAAAAAGAAUCCAGAAAAAAUAAAAAAAAUAGAAUCAGAAGUGACCAAAGUUAUUAAAAGUUUAGAUAAAUAAAAGAGUUAAUCAACUAUUUAUUCUUCAAAAUAACGAAUUUAAUCUGAUAUGAAAAUGAAAACUAGAAAAUUAUUUUAGGCUGCUAAAAAAAGAUGUCUAAAUAUUGCUAUUCAAUCAGGAUUUAUGUAUACAGCUGAAGAUACAAAUUAGAAAGAUGAAUAUGGUAGAACUCCUCUUUCUUAUGCUGCUGAAAAUGGAGAUGAAACUAUAUGCAAUUAUUUAUUAAAAAUUGGAGCCAAUAUUAAUAUUCCAAAUUUUGAUGGUAUGACACCUAUGCAUUUUGUUUUUAAGAGUAAUUCAGUAUCUUUGAUUAUGAGAUUUAUACAUUUGGGUGGUAAUUUAAAUAAAUUAAAUAAUGAUGGAUUAACUCCAGUUGCUUUUUGUAAUCAAGAGACUUUAAAGAAAUUAAAUUUUAAUCAAAUGAUCUCUUCUUCUCUUAAAUAAGGAUCAUUUGAUAAUCAUUCAAUUUUGAAUAAGAAAUAUCCUUAACAUUCUGACAUAAUAGAAGCAUUAGAAUUUUCAGGUAAUUUCAGUAAAUUAUAAUGA